AUGUUAAUAGUAUUAGUGAAUGGUUUGCACUCACGUAUCAAACAAUACCCGAACGUAACGCUCGACACGUGUGGUAUCGGCAGACAGUCAUCACUGUUGUUGUCGACGACUACUACCACUACUACUACUACUGGCCGACAAUGUUUCAAGUGGUCAACCAAUGAGACCAGUAGUGUACAAAACGGACGGUUAGCCCUUCCGGGAGAGUUCCCAUGGAUUGCAUAUAUUGAAGGAUCUGAAUAUUUUUGGGGAUUUUGGAGAACUAAAACCCCCGAUAGAACAGAUAAUGUACGCACUGUUCAGGAUCUGAGACAAUCGGGCCAUACAUACGGUGUGGACAAGUGGUUCAUUCAUCCCAACUGGUCGUCUACUGAGAAAUUCAAAAGGGGUUACGAUAUAGCAAUUGUCAAAUUGAAAUCACAAAUACCGAUACCAACGACAACAAUACCGACACCGGGUUUAUGGUUUGGACAACAGAUAAACGGUAUUUGUUUACCCGAACCUAAUAUAAUGAAUACGGAACAGGAGUUGGCAUUGAUUGCCGGUUACGGAUCGACUACUGGCGAUGACGUCCGAAAUACUGGUCAACUUAAGAUGGGUUGGACUGUCAUUGCUAAGCCAUACGAUACAACCUAUCCGUACACUAAUAUUAUUGUUGUGUUCCGAUAUCCUCACAAUACAGGAGCCGCUAUGUGUUAUGGUGAUUCUGGUGGACCAUUGAUACAGUUUGUCGGUAAUAGGGCUGUACUCAUUGGUAUACAAAGCGGUAUAUCGGGUACAGUUGGCAGGUGUUUGAGCCGACAGUCUGACUCUAAAAUGGCAUUUAUUCGGUUGUCAUCUGCUGUCCAAUGGAUAGUCAAUACAAUUAAUAGCAAUCAAUAG